AUGUCGACUAGCGGUUUCGAUGGAUCGAGCGACAGCAGUAUCGUGCCUGGUGCCGCACUUCAAUACCGAUGGAAACUACUCACAACCGAUGAUCUCCGCCACAUUGGAGACUUUCGCUCUGAGGCGUUCCUCUACGUCAAGCGGGCAGCUCAACCAGAACAAUUUCACCGUGCUACCGCGCGUCGCAUUGCCAAUGCUCGAGUACAAAGGAUAGCUUUCAAGACAGCCAAUGCAGUGCAGUUUGAAGCAAUCACUUCGCACCAUCUUGAUGUUGUGCAUGCAAGAAGACCGGAGUCGGCUCCAUUUGAAGCUCCUGAGGAUAACACAACUGCACAAGCAAUAGAAUUAGGCCGACAGCAAGAGGCUCUGCAGCAGCAGGAAGCCGAUAAACAGGCCAUACCGGAUACAGCAAUUGUGAGCGUUAGGGUCAAUGGUUUAUGGAUGCCUCUGGAGGUCGACAUUCUGUCACUUCGGCGUGCAUUACGACUGCCAGGCCACGAUAUAUUCUCUCGCGGUAUCUACCAUGAAUUCACACCCACUCAGCCAACCAAUGGAAUGAUGAGCGACGAGGACCAUGCCGAUGACGAGUCCAUGAACUAGAAGAAAACGCGAGCUUAGUGCAGUACGAGAUGCAUGUAUCAAAUAAUAUUCAUCAUUACAAAAUUAAGCUACUCAUCGUC